AUGAAAUCCAAGUCCAAUUCCAGCUCCAUCGAUGGCGAGAACUCCUGGACGAGGCAUUCGGGGAGUUCCUGCAUGUGUCUGGACCAAUAUUCCAUGCAACCUAAAACGAUCGCCCAGGCUGACCAGGAUGCGGGGAUCUCCUUUGACGGUGUCGACAUUCUCAAUAUCGCGUCGAUCGAUUUCAAGAAUGCGACCGGCACCUGGUAUCCACAAGCGACUACAGGAACGAUUGCGAGACCCGCGAACCUGCAAAACUGCGAACCUGCGAACCUGCGAACCGCCUUUCGCGUGGUUGUGGUGUCUGCACCAGAUAAUUCCAGUCAUAAUGUUUUAUCUGUACAGCGGGAGAGGCAAGGGGGAAGGGCACUAUGCGACGAUGUAUACGUCCUGAGCGUCCCGGCCUUCGAGUGGGUCGGAAUCACCGACGGCAAUUCGCCCAGAUACAGUCAUUUGUGCCAUCUGGUUGGCCGGUCUCAAAAUGGUGACUAUUGGUGGCGCAAGCUCAGAGAACCUUACGGCAUGGUACGAUUGGGAGAACAAGGGAGUCGCGCUGUUAGAUAUGAACAAACCACGCGGCUCGGGCUGGGGAAGCGUCUUCAACGCGAACUCCGGCGAGAUACCAAGUUCCAGAGGCGAUCUACAGUGUUAUCGGUGGCAAGUGAUUCGCAAGGCAACGCCACGAUGAGUGCGCCUACCGAUGGCUUCGGCAGCCCGGACAUCGGCUCUUUUUUCAACCAACAUAGAAAGGAUGACCAUCAAUUGAGUGGAGGUGGAAUAGCUGGAGCCGUCAUUGGUUCCAUUGCUGGGGUUGCGCUUUUGGUUGCUGGAGUCCUCUUCUUCUGGCGGAGAAAGAAGCGCCGUCGCGCACAAGCCGAAACCAAAGCUGAACCUGAGCGCCAACAAGCCAUUGCGCAGGCAGACUCCUUUCCCAUCCACGAAGCUCCAUCCACUGUCGAGCACCGCCCGUCAUUCCGCUCCCUUUUCCGAAAGAAGGUUGAGCUACCAGUGCCAGUUGCAGAGACAGCAGUUGAGAUGGAGGCCCCUGUACACGAGUUGGAUGGUAAUAUGACGGCUGUGGAGUUAGAUAUAGGAGAAAAGAGCGCAGCUUUACCAGAGGCUGAUCAUAAUCAGAAGGAAAUGGUCUAA